AUGCCUAAACAUUUUACCACUAGAAGCGACACCCUACAGGAUCGCUUGGCAAAGAUUCCAUUAAAAAGGCUUCCGAAGACAUUUAAUGAGGCUAUCAAAAUUACCAGAAAACUUGGUCUGCGAUACAUCUGGAUAGACUCUUUGUGUAUUAUCCAAGACUCUCUGGAUGAUUGGCGACAAGAAUCAGCCUUGAUGGGAAAAGUCUACUCCCACUGCUUCUGUAUGCUUGCGGCAGUUUCCUCCAGUAAUUGCCAUGGUGGCUUAUUUCAGACUCCAACUCUAUAUUCCGUCCUUCGAGAGCGAGAUGAAAACGAUGGAAAGAUCGUGCUGCUGAAACCAACUGCACGUUCCUGGCGUGAUUCAUUACUCGAGAGUCCUCUGAGUCGGAGAGGAUGGACUCUUCAAGAACGAGAGCUAUCUCCACGAAUACUCCAUUUUGUGGACGGCGUUAUGCACUUUGAAUGUAGGCAAGGUUUUGGAGAAGGGAAACGAAGCUUUGAUGGAUAUUAUUCAGAUGAAGCCCGUGCCAAAACGGCGAGAACGAUAAGGUGUAUGGAUCCAAUUUUAGCCCGAGGUGGAAAGGUUCAAUGGCUGGAAUCAACCGCUGCGAUUCCCGAGGAGCGAUAUAAUAGAUGGUUAAGAAUGGUAGAAGGGUACUCACAGCGAAAAUUAUCAGUACUCUCGGAUAAGUUCCCAGCCGUGUCUGGACUGGCGGCGGAGUACUCAUACCUGCUGAAAGACGAUUACAUUGCCGGACUUUGGAGAAAAGAUUUAAUUCGGGGGCUCUGCUGGAGAAAGGGGACGAAAACACCGAGAUCCCUUGUUAUCGACUACGGUCCUUCUUGGUCAUGGGCUAAAAUUGUUGGACCGGUGGAUUAUGGUCUCCUUCAAGUUAUCGACAACGAUGGUAAAGAAGUGAACGUGGCACCGAUUGAUUGUUCUUCUGGAAAUCAGAAUCAUCAGAUAUUGCCUUUCAUUUAUGACGCCUGCACGGAACCAGAGGGGACCGAUCCGAAUGGCACUCUUACAUUUGCGUUGAUCCGAAUGCGUGUCAAGAUGAUAAAACUAGUGUUUCAGCAGCGGACUACUUGGCGGGUUGGGAAUGAGAUUGUUGAGGUGGUUUGGGACGACAAACCUAACGAGUUUAGGUCUUACUAUUUGUUGAGCUUAGGAAAGGUUAAUCUCGGGCUGGUAGUAACACAGACUGAAUCUCAAAAGGAUACCUACGAACGUGUCGGAAUAGCACGUAUCACCGAAAAAGACCCUGGAACUUGGUUCUCAAAUUCUGUAACUCAAGAUAUUAGUUUGAUUUGA